GUCCACCCUCUUCCCCAGUUGCUACACUUUUACAGGUAACUCGGGACUUUACCAAGUCAGCUGUUUCUUAAAUUAAUCUGUAACAACCACUUGAAGCGGAUUCAAUGCGAUGCGGGGCGUUCCCUUCUCGGACACCAUCACACACCGAACAGCCAAUCCCAGAGGACCAAUCGUCACACACUGGAAAUGCCUUCUACUUGUAACUUGUAGCUAACGUCUGGCUGCAAAUAAUUACAAUGGCUUGCAUUGGUAGCUAGCUUCGUCUUUUUUAACCCAACAUGUAAGCUGCUCUGCCACGGAAGGUUGUUGACUCGUGACUGAGCGCCGUAGGACGGUACAGGAAGAGCCAGUGCUCCGAACAACGACAAGAAAAAGACGUACCAAGACUGAGGGUACGUCCGAGCACUCGCCCUACAGUGCAGGAGUCCGUACUGUCAGACCUGUUUACCGGAGCGUUUUUACCGUCUAACGCUUCCAUAUGUCGGCGUCUCCGCCACUAUCGACAUCCUGAAGGCAGCGAGAGAAGAAGGAGGGAGGGAGGGAACGGCAGCUCCGGGGUCCCCGACACACAGCCGAGGAGAGGCAUCGCUGAAAUGAGAUGAGGCUCAGAAAUGGUACUGUGGCCACUGCGAUUAUUUUCUUCACAUCUUUCCUCAGCCUGUCCUGGUACACAGCGUGGCAGAAUGGCAAAGGUAGGUCGAGCAUUCUUGUCAUAAAGGUUACUACAAAUAUAAAGUGUUGUUUAUUUGAAAGAAACGAUGGUUAUGAGGCCUGGUUAAUGAGACUGGCUGCUGGCAUCAAGCUGACGUGCAUGGGUCCAGCUGCGUGUGGUGGGGCAGCAGGUGUUGCUGUGCAACUUACACCCAUCCUGCUUCCAACCAGUAGAUUGGUCCCAAAAGACAGCGUGUCUGACAUAAUGAUGUUCAGUGUGCAAGGGAAAGCAAUUUCAUUAUCAGCUUUAUUGGCCGAAUAUGUGUUAACAUCCAAGGAAUUUGACUCUGGUUUACUUUGCUCUCUUAGUACAAACAUUAAACAUGAUUAAAAGUACAUACUUAGUAAAAUUAUAAGUGUGUACUCAAACUAGACAUUUAAGACAGUGCAAUAGUGCAGUGGACUGAAGAGUAUGAGAUAAAAAUAUAGAUGUCAUUAUAUUACAGGUGGGUUAUUUACAUGAGGUAAAUAUACAUUAUGUUUAAAUUGGAUAGUAAAUAACAGUGUGCAGAGGUAAAUGCCUAAUGAAAGGAAUGUUUUUAGAUAGCCUAAACUGUUUAACAAUUAUAAAAGUAAUUUACAGAUACAGUGGUCUUUCUGUGACUCUGUGAACAUUCAGCGUUCAUCACACCAACAGCCAACAGGGAAGAAACUGUCUUUGUCUCGGCUAGUUUUGGUGUACAGUGAGCUGUAACGCCUACCUGAGGGGAGGCAUGGGACUAUUUCUUCGUACAACUAUCUCUAGUCUUAGCUGUUUUUAUUCUAAAACAGUCCUGACUAAGUAGCCAUACAUUUAAGCGUCCAACAUAGAUUUCAUGAGUUGCAUUAUUAACUGUCACACCUUGAAAUGUGUGGUUGUACCUUUCACUCAUGAAGACAGGAAAACAUUGGGGGUUGUCAGCCACAAUCAAGUUUCAGUCAGACUGCAGAACUAUUUAUAUCGUUGUAGCCACUAGCCACACCAAUGAUUCUAUAAGUACAAUGUUCUUGUCUUCCUUAUCACAGUUUACUAUAUGUGACUUGUAGAGCUGUUGUAUGAAAGCAAUUGUGUUGAAUCUCAGCACAGCUGUGAUUAUCUUCUGUGCCCAGCCUGCAGCCCUGUGCAUUGACAAAAUCACAGCUGUGCUUACAUGCAGUACAGAGAUAUCUCUCUCUCUUGUGUGAUAUUGUCUUAAGUAAUCUUCUACUCUACAAAUGCUUCAACCAGUUUGACAGCAUGGUAGAUCCAGUAUCUGACCCCAAUUUAGCUCAUUUUUCAUCACCUUACAGGUCCAUUUCCAAUAUGUCAUAAUCAGUUACAGUCACUUUUUACACACCUGCUAGUUUAAAAACACCUAAGAGCACAACUUCUUCACAAUUCUGCCAUGCAAUACCCUCUUUCAAUUCUCUGUACAAAAAUUAGUCUUCAGUACAUUAACCACAUUUUUACAUGUCCUGUCCAACAGCUGGGCAUGGGCAUAUUACACAAGUGUGGCUGUGCUUGAGUAGCACGCAAUGGCCAAGAGCUUACAUACUUGCCAGGGUUAACUCAAUCCAUGUGGGUGGAGUUAGGGGUCUUAGUGACUGUUAUCAGUAGAGUGUAAAUAAUUGCAGCCUUUAGAUAAAUUCCUAGGCAAAGCUUCAUGUCGUGAUUACUGAGGAGCUUAUCAGGUUGAUACAAUAUUUUUCUCUAAGUGGAAAGUGAGUGCCACUGCAUAGGCAGGCAGGGGCUAGACCACAGCAUGAGGAAAGUGCUCUUGUGACAUGUAAAAGUCAAGAAUUGAUGCCCCGUGUUUUGUUGUUUGGGCACCUGUUGAUACAGUCCAGUUGGCCUGUUGUCAGAACAAGGACAUUUGGAAAGGGAUCAUUUUACAUCGUAAUUACAAGAUACUAACAUCAAAACAUUUGAUAGGAGUUUUCUGUUGUUUGGAAAAAGUAGUUCCUUUCCCUAGUUUUAUUUUGGAUAAAAUCUUAACUAAUAUUCCUUUAGGCCUUAAUGUUAAACAGAGCUAGCAUUCUUAACACCAAAGCCCUGUUACUAAAGCAAAAGAAGGAUCCAACCAUUUUCUUUUUUAUUAUUUAUAAGUAGUUUCCAAAUGUAACUUGUAAAAAUGUUACUCGUGAAGAACAGCCCAUGAGCAAAGAAACACUAAAGCUGCCAUUUCAAAUCAAAUUUGCAGGCCUCUAUGGAAGCAGACAGGGCUUAUCUCAACAAUCACAACAAUAAAAAAAAAGUCUCAUGCAAAUGAACCAAACACAAACAGAUGAAGAAAACUAGGGGCUUUCCUGAGCCGAUUUAGGAUUGGCAUCAGAACUGAUCGGAGCAUAUUUAAAUGGAUCAGUGUCAACUAAUGUAAAGCAGCUCAAAAACAAAUCCUUUCUUUAUUCUACUCGGCCUCACCCGGCUACUGUUAAAAUGACAUCCAGGCUGAUUUGCAUGGAACUGGCUCCAUAUGUGAAAAGUCAAAUUCAACUGUGGAAAUGAUCAUGUGGCACUGAUCAUUGACACUUCUGACACCGCGUUGGCAAUACUAAGAGGAUUUGCUUUAAUCCAUCAGUAACAAAUAAGUUUCCCCGACUAUUAACAAGGUGCUGUGAAGAAAGAUUUUAGCUAACUCGGCAUCACAGCUCUCAGCUUUAGAGCUUCUUUUCUGGAUCUUCAUCACAAAGGGACCUGUACUGGGAUCAUACUAAAAGGAUUCGAUUGUGACUCCAAAAGAAACCUCGGAAAUCUUUGCAUGCCAUUUAUGAACUGUUACUAAAACCACACAUUUCCAUUUUACCACCUAUCUGUACUUCAAGCUCUGCGCAACAACAGAAUGAGGUGAUAUUGUGGAAGUUUCAGAGUACUGACAACUGGCAUUUGGUUAAAGGCAAACAACUGGAGCCAUGUAGAGACAAUCUCCAAAUCAAAUCUAAAAUAAAAAUCUUAUGUUCAUUUUGAAACUCUUCAAACACUGACAAUUUGUAAUAGAAUUGUGAGCUUUUUCAGUCUAUUGUUGGACCGGUGGCUUCAGCUGUUUCUUUUUUCGUCUUUACAUGUUGCCAGUUUGGUUACGCAAUGUCCGUGUUGACAACAGAAGAAUGCGCUUCUUACUUGGAUAUGUAGAUUUGCAGCAUUUCUUUCCAGAGCACUGAUGGGAAAGAUGAUGUAAUGUUGAAAGGUUUUACUUGCUUUUUUAAAAUAUCGCCUUUUUUAGUGUGUAUUUUUACCUUGUACUGUGUUGAGCAAUAUUAAUCGAUACAAGGUGAUCAUUUCGUUUAAGUUUGUACCUCAAACUUUUAGAAGUAGAGAUUAAGUUUGGCUUUGUAGUGAAUGAUACAAUAUUGAUUUCAAAUAUAAAGUCUAUGCAUUGUUAGUUUACAUGACGUCCACUGCCCUGAGUAACUCUUUUUCUUAGCUUAAAAAGUUGCAUCAUGUCUAUAUAACAUUAAGCUUGUAUGCUUAGCUACUCGCAGGGAAAGGGGGGGAAUAAAAGAGGUGCAGUUAGGUGUGCAAUAAAAACUGAGCCAAUGGUUUCUUUUACUACAAGAAGGCAGGAAUUCAAUACUGCCUGGUUUCCUUUUUUGUAUUUAUAUAAAAUUUUGUUUUUGAAUAUCAGGAUACAUAAAACUCUGAUUACCUAAACUAAUCAUAUCACAGGCUUUGAACAUGUACUUUUCCUUGUACUGCAUGUGCUCCUGCUUUCUCCGAGUGUCAUUUCUGGCUCUAACAGAAGAUGCUUUAAUACAGCCUCUCUUUCAUUUUUUUUUUCUUACAUAUGAGCCUCUUUUGUAUCCUGUUUCAUUCCUCCCUGCAGUUAUAGAUGGCUCCUCCGCUUGAUGCUGCCCAGCGUGGGUGUUUACAGAGUGUACUUGGCUACAGGCGAAUUUUAGUCGUUCUGAAAAUGAAUAUUUUCAGUCUUUCUCCAGCAGUUGUACACAGAGAACAUUAGUGUUUCAGCUCAUAGCCAUGUUUCAGUUUUGCUUGAGGUCUUGUUGGGGUGGGGAGGUGAUCUAGGGCGACAUUUUUAUUUUUGUUUUUUCGCCUAACCUUUUGCUUCCGACAGCCUGUCUUGUUCCUGGUCACUCGACUGCUGUGAGUGAGAGCUGUGCCAGUCAGCUGUCCAAACACUCCAUGUUGAAUGACUCUCCAGAAUGUGUACCUCUCUGUCAGAGUCGGCCUUGUCUCCUAGUGAGGGACUGCUCUCUAGUAUCUUGUUGGUUAGUUCUCAAAAAGCCUCGACACUAUUGACAAGCAGGAAGACUGUAAAUAGAAAUGUUUCGGAUAAAGCUGGAAAAAGUUGAUUCAUUGAGAUGGUGUUAUAUUUUUGCUAUCCUGACUUACUCCAGGUAUACUUGUUUGAAAUGAACAAAUGCUGUGAGUGUAUCUCUUGCCAAGCAGAGAUGAGUCUUUGUAUCUGUGUUUGUCAAUGACAGCACAGCGUAAAAGUUUUUUUAGAGCAGAUUAAAACUGAUGAAUGUGUAGCUGAGCUCCGGCCUCAAACAAACCUGAUAAAAGCCACAGAGUCUACAAGGGUUGAUGAUAAAGAUCACCGGUGGUGACAGCAAACAUGCAUAUGUAAUCUUGUUAGACGAGAGUAAUAGUACCAGCACCGGAUGAGUUUGUUAGAAAUUGUUUUAAGAAAGAUUUUGUCAGUAUAAAUGAUUCCUCUCUCCUCCAGGCACGGUAAGAGUUAGCAAAGCCAGACUCAGACUCCAGUUGUUUUUACAUCAGCUGCACAGGAAGAACCUUCACAUACUCUCUUCUCUAUUACAGUUUGUUCUUCGCUCUAACCUCAAACAUGCACACACUACAGGAUUUUAAAAUAAUGGUGCAUUCCUCUCUGCAGGAUACUAUUAAGAUUACUGUGUGUGCCAGCAAAGUACCACCUCACAUGAUCCCAUGUGAUCCUGCAGGGAAGCAGACGAAAAUCAAAGGAGACUGGUGGUGCAACAACCUGCUGUUGUAAUGCUCUGCAGUGAGGAACUAAAGCAGCAGGCUUAACAAGUCUGAGUAAGAAAAGGGUCAGAGAGACAGUGUGUUCAGUUCUGUUCUUUAGCGAGAGCGAGAGCGAGAGCGGCGAUUUGAACUGGAGAGUAAAACGUUAGCCAACAGAAAUCUAAAGGCCUUUGAUGUAUACUGUUGCUUGGCUACACCAUGAGCUGCUCAGUCUCAAAGUAGACUUCUCUCAUUGGCUGGGGCGUUUCUGCUCUAGAUAAACUGAUUGAAUCAUCCAGAUUAUAAACCCUUGCUAUCCAAGGUGUAACAUAACCAGGGUGUGCCAUAGGUGUGUGCAACUGAUUUGGAGUGACUGGACCUGUUAUCAAGCCCUAAGACAUAGUUUGCUACAGUGGUGCAAUUUAUUAUUUUAUUACUUUAUUGAUUUUAUUUAUUGUGUUAGUUUUUAUUUGAUUUUACUGUGUUUUAUCUUCUUGACUUUUAACACCCAGUAGUACGUUGACUUGAUUUAUUUUAUUUUAUUGAGUUUUGUUCUAUUUGUUUUUAUUUGAUUUUACUGUGCCUUAUCUCAUUUUAUUGCUACCUUAUCUAUUGUUCUUCAGUUGUGUAAUUUAUUGUAUUUUUAUGGCUGUGCAGCACUUUGGAAAUCUUGUGUUUGCUUAAAUCGUGCUAUAUAAAUAAAAUGGAUUGGAUUGGAUACUUUGAUUACGCUUGUUCUGCGAAUCUCAUUGAGCCCAAGAUUUCCUGGAAAAAGACAGUUGUAGGAAACAGUGAUAUUUAAACUAUGGCAGGAUCAGACCGUCUCACAAGCAGUCACCACAAGUGCAGGCAUUUACACAAACAGUUACAAAUAUUAUUCAAAUGUCAGGAAGAACGAGCCAUGAAGGGAAGGCUGUCUCAGAGUUCAGUUUGUUUUGACAGUAAAUCGCUGUACUGGGAUGGCUCCUUUAGUUCAGGAUUAGUACAAAGAACUUGUGAAACAAAAGUGAUCUGAUGUCACCGUUUACCACUGUGAGUUAAGCCAAGUGUGUGUCUUAGCAACUUGAUUUCACAAUGACAAUAAAAACAAGUUUGUCGGGGGUUUCCAUAUGUAAGUAAUCAUUAUCCAAACCUUUUAUGUUUAAAUAUUCAGUUUGAUAAAUAUGGCAAAUUUCUUCAGGGAUUUAUUGAAGACCACAAUAUAAUAUAUCAAAGUAUUGUAGAAAUAGAAUACUAUUAUGGUGAUAUUAUUCAGGCAGAAAUUCUGUUUAUGUAAAAGUGUUUGUGAGGAGUUUUUGGAAAUUUGUACAAUAGACUAAAAUUAAUAUUGAUGCCUUCGAUAAUGAACAAGAGCAAAAAACAUUCGUGACAAAAUUAACAUUCGUUUUACUCAAAUUUUUAUCACCUACAACCAGUGAGAGGGGGUAAAUGUUAGGGCGGAAGAAAAGCUGUUUUUGAAUUUCCCACAUUAAAUAUUCACACAAAAAAAUCACAUUUGACAUUCAGAAGUCUGCAGGAUGAGUUUUUUUGAGUCAGUAAACACUACUUUAGCAUGUAGAGGACGAAAUAGCAAUGGCUGCUUUGUCAACAGGGGGUGCCAGAAUCCCCGCAACAAAAACUUCCUGACAGGAGCUUUAAAUUUGAUGCCUGCAUGACAGUUCAAAAAAGUUUGGACAAAACACCAACAAAUUUGCUAAUACUUAAAAAACACCUAGGGAAUCAACUAAUUUCUGGAUGGCUGUGUUCCUCUGGUCAUUUAUUGGCACAGUAUUACAAACAGACUCUGUCGUGGAAACCACUGCGUACGCACAGUUUGUUAAUGCAGGCACAAAUGCAGGCUUUCAGACCACCCAACUUGACAUCAGAGUGCACUUUAAGUCCCUGAUUAUAUGGGGAUACAUGUGUAAUCCCCAUAUAACUUACUCAUUGGGAAAGUCUCCAUUAAUGCAAAACAUUUCACUAUAUACAGCAACAUAUGCUGCUAGUACCCGGAGGACUGUAUUCCCAUGCUUGUGUAGUUUUAAGCCUUGUUGUGUCUUUGGUUUCCAGACCUAGUUUGAUACAGUUUGACGUUGCUUACAGGUUAAGCAAAUUCUCUGACCAGUUCGAGCCCUGACAACUUCCUUUUUGCUAAUGCCACUUCCUCUGUGUGCCUUGUGCCCAUGUGUUCCCCUUCCUCUGAGUUAGAAGCCAUGGUUUUCUUCCAUCAUCACAUCAUUCCAAACACAAUGGGCCAAAAAUAGCAGCAGUGAUUGCAGAGGAGGAGGGUGUAAAUGAGCAGGCAGAUGAAAAGCCUUGUAGGGCAGAUAUACGUGUAUAUUAGUUGGAAAAGGGAGAAAAUAGUGCCUGAACAUUAUGUUUUCCUGUUUAUGUGUCUGUUUAUGAGCGUGUCCACAGUAAGUUGGUGUGCAUUGCGAGGCAGGGCAGGCUGCCAGACAAGUCCUAAGUGGCCUGGAAGGAGGAAGAGAGUUAGAAAAGCCGAGUAUUAAAAGAGAGAGGAUGAGAAAAGCCUGAGGUGGGUUGCAUGUUGGAGAAAAAGGAUGUAACUGCUGACAUGGCACUGAGACUGUGGGAUACGUUCUUAUUUCUGCAUUUUGUACUGUGCUCACUCAAACACACACACACACACACACACACACACAUCUCCCUUUAUCCCAGACAGCCCAUAUUCUGUCCAAACAGGAACAGGCGUCUUCGACUGUUAGUGUCUUAACAAUGAUGGUUCCCGUCCUCGUGCUUCUGCUCACUUCCUGUGUCCCACACAGCUAUUCAUUCAUUAAUUCAUGCUCGUCCCUUCUCUGCAUCUGGACAGAAUUCCCCUGACGUCACACAGUUUAUGCAAGAUGGUGACCGUGGAGCUCUGUUCUCUGUUGAUCUAUCUGUAGCAUAAGCUUUCCUGUAUAUACAAGGACCUUUUGUGUACCUUUUAGUUUGUCUUUAAGGAUUGGGUUGAGGUGACCUUCAAGCAUUGUUACUCAUGGUGCUCAGAUCAAGAACUUUGUAGUCGACUGAAAUGGAGGGGUUAAGAGCCUUAAGUGCUUUGUGGAGAAAUUUGACUUAAUGGGAUGUGUACAGUGUCCGCCUGGGCCCUCACUUUGUCAGGCUCCAUUUUUCUUAAAAUAGUAAGCCUAACAAAAAUGUCAUUUAACUAAUUUAAAAACAUUCAAUUGUUCUGGACAGAAAACAAUAAGAGCUCCAAUCCUAUUUACUGUUUUCAUUAUACAUCCGUUUGUGGACUAUCUAUUCAUUAUGGUUUUCUACAGUCCAAGGCAACAACAUCAGUUUCUAAUCAAAAUAGUGGCUGAUUUUUUUUUCAGCUAAUCUGCAUAUCACACAUUCUUUCAGCUCUCAAAUAACUUUUUUAUUUUUUUGCCGGACUCUCUUCACAUCCUCCUGAAUAUAACUGGGCAGUUGAUCGGUGACAUCCCUGAAAGUGGAGUCCAGAUAGGGGUCGAGAAGGAGUGGCAACUCUGACUAACUGAUAGAAGCCCUACAUGAGCCAAGUGGAGCCGGAGAAGUGGCAAUAAGCAGAGCUGUGCCUCGCUCUCAGCUCGGUGCCGUCAGACAGCACGGGCCACCACAAAGUGACACAGCAGACUGCAGCAGCUUAGCAUGACUUACAGCACAGAAGAGAGAGAGAGAGAGAGAGAGAGAGAGAGAGAGAGAGAGAGAGAGAGAGAGAGAGAGAGAGAGAGAGAGAGAGAGAGAGAGAGAGAGAGAGAGAGAGAGAGAGAGAGAGAGAGAGAGAGAGAGAGAGAGAGAGAGAGAGAGAGAGAGAGAGGAGAGUUGGUUGAGGUCAAGAGAAACAAUAAACCCACGGUGAAGAAGACAAAUUAGGAAUCUGAGCGGGAGAGAUGCCAAUUGGGGGGUGGAGGGGAGGGGGGUAAUUAUCUGUCAGCUAAGUCUGAUGCAGCGCGAGUAUUUGACCCUGCACCCCUUUUUACUUUACUUUAAAAGGGCUGUGAUGUAUUGCAAAGAGAAAUGACAAAACGGGAUAAAAGUGUGCAUUUUUCUUUUUUGCAAACCACAUGGACAUUCAGGGAGUAUCACUCGCCUACUCAUCCAUUGAUUUGCCUCCUCUUCAGGGAAAUACCACAAAAAAUCAAUACUACUACUCUGUGCAUAUGCAAGAGUACCUGAUGUGUAUUGGUGUGCCUUUUGUGAAGAUGAGUGUUGCACAAUUUAAACCUAGAGACUUUUUACCAGAAGAGGUCACCAAUUAAAAAAAAACAUUCAUGAUCUACCCAAGUGACAAAAGGAUUCGUUCCUAGAUUGUUUAUCAUCUGCAUGUGUUAAUGUUGGAUAGUCUUUGAAUACUGACCACAGCACCAUUCCUGUAUUUAUCCCACUAAUUUCAAGUUAAUUUUUCCACCAUCUGCCAUUCUUCAUAGAUUACAGUCUGGUUAAAUGCAUUGUGUUUUCUCACAACAGCUGCAGUGAAGAGCCAUGUGGUGAGCAGGUGCACCGCUGAGUGUCCUCAUACAUGCAUAAUGCAUUUAGGAAUGUUUUGCAUACAUGUGCAUCCUAGUUCUACUAAGUCCGUAGGAAAAAAAGCUCAGGACAUGGCAUCUUUUUGCAGAAAUUCAAAAAAGUUAAGCUUAGGGAUGGGAAUUGAUAAGAUUUGAUCAAUAUCAAUGCCAUUAUCAGUUCUGCUUAUCGAUUCAGUUCUUUAACGAUUCCCUUAUCAAUGCCUUUCAUUGAUUUAAAAAUAAAAAGGCAGACUAUAGGUUUUAAACUCCAAAUUUGAUUGAGUCUCUGAUAACAGAAAAAGAUGUAUUCCAUCUUCACUGACAGUCUAAAAAUAAUCAAACAACAAACUGUUUGUACAGCAUUUAUUUCAGUCGGUAUUAAGUCAAAUUAGGGUGACCAUAUUUUGGAUCCCCAAAAAGAAGACACUACUACACAGGGCGGAGUGGCCCGCAAAAUUUUGAUUUUUUUGGGGGGUUGGGUUGAGUGUUGUUUAUGUGCUUCUAACUCAGUUAGUCCACGGUACACAAACUCAAAACCAUACAGAACCCUUUGUUGUCUUUCUUAGAAACAUGAAGCCACACUUUAGAUUGUUUCUGCCUACUUUUCGUACCAUCCGCCAUGUUUUUUUCCUCAAAGUGUCUGUUCUCGUUCGCGUAGACUGGAUCUCACAAGACCGUUUUUCAAGGCACCCAGAAGAAAGGAAUCAUUAAGAUAAAAUGUAAACAACGACAAUGUUCUCAACAAGAACCGGUUCUCGGUUCCCAUCCCUACUUUGGCUCUGUGACUUUUGUUGAGGUUGUUGGUUAAACAGUUCAUAGCAGUAAGAGGUGGAGUGCUUUAAAAUGCUGAAGAGCUUACCGUAAGUACACAGAGACAGUCUGCUGGGGUUUUUUUGUUGUUGUUAAAUGGUGCUCCUGGCAAAGUGCCUCACUCCCAGUUUCAAUAUGAUGCAUUAAAAAGUGGAAGGACGGUUGGAAACUGAUAUAAACUCAGUGGUGUAUGAGUAUCUGAGCUGUGUUGAUAAAACACUGUGACACUUGUUAAGGAGGGGAGGCUACCGCUUUUUUGCCACUUCUGUCCCAUUGCCAGCUUUAAUAAUGUUUGGUCUUUAAUGCCAUCCGCUGAGACCGGGAGGUUACAUGACAUGAUGCACCACCUUUUCAAAAGCUACUUGCUUUGUUUGACUAUUUAUUCAGUUCUUGCCAAGUUGUGUGGUUCAUAAGUCCAGACUUUUGGCAGGCAGCGCCUACAGUUAAAAGAAAGGUUCAGUAUUUUGGUAGAUACUUUGUUUUUGCUGACUUGCUGUGAGUAACAUUAGACUGCUGCCACAUCGGGUUUGAAAUUUGUGGCACUGGAGGCAAAUGGCUCUUGCUUGACAAGAAUUGUUGAAAAACAGUGAAUCUCUGGAAAACAUGGUGCCGAUUACAAAAGUGGAUUUUGUUUACAUCAGUACUAAACAGUCAUGAGGACACAGCUUUAACAAGACUUUUGAAUUCGUGACAUUAAAAAGUGGAAAUAUGCUGGAUAAAACCAAGACACUGUUGUUGUAAAAGGUCUUCUUUUCACCAACAAGAAGCUUUGUGUUUAAUGCGUUAUCGCAGCAGCGGGAAUUUCCCUGAGGAACAACUCCAUGGUAGUAGAACAACAUGUUGAGAUACAUCUAUUUGUAGGUUAUUUUCUUCUAACCAAGGUGAACAGGCGGAUUUAAACACAAUGUCCUCUGAACAGCUGGUGCUGAAACAUCUGUACAACCCAGAGGAAUCAAAAAGCUUCAUGUAGUAACUACUGCACUCUGAAGUACUGAAUGUAUAGCAUAGACCUGAAAGGAAAGAUGACAUUUGAUUUGUUUAACUAUGAGGAGACAAGCACACAUCUAUCUGUAGUUGGUUGUUAAAUGGAGCAGUUUUGUUUUUCACAAAAAAAUGACCAGGAAGGGAAAUUUUGCUACAACAGGGACAUCUGCAUAGCAUGUGCAGCAACUUUCUCUCACCCAUGCAAACAUUAACUGUGCAAGUCCCUCAUCAGCACUCACAAGCCUGCAGUCAGCAUGCAUGCAUCAGCACAGGAGAGGCAGGUCAAGGACAAGAUCACUGAGAGGGCUUUUGAUGAGCUAACGCAUUGACUGAUCAGACUCUUAACCCUCUGGUGAGUUCAGGGUUGGAUUUCUGCGACGUAUUCCUGAGCAUUCAGAUCACCCUCAUUCUCUUUUUAAGCUAUGAGGUUCAGAAGGUGGUCGUUUAGAAAAUCUGUGGAACAAAGCAGACUGUCUGUCAGCUCUUCAGAUUCAUAAGUGCUAUUAUUGAGGUCAGGAGAGUAAGAACAGUGUCACAGCAAAUAAAAACACCUCAAACUUAGUUUAUAAAAAGAGGUUUUUAGUAUAACAGUGAGAGACAACCUGCAUAACCAGGGUUACUACUUCUUUAGGUAUCUGCACUCUUAUCUAAAGACUGCAUCUGGUUUAUCUGAGCUGUUGCUCCUCUCUGACAGGAAAAAAAAUCAAGAUAAUUAUAAUGAUGAUGAAAAUGAAAUCGUUUCAUGAGGGCACAUAAGGGCGAGGUCAUUUAUGAGAAGAGGUAGGUAAACCCGUAAGACCAGAAAGUGGAGUGUAGAAAAACAAACAUGCGUUAUGAAACAAUAACAUGUGAUGAUAAGAAAAAUUCAAUGUUAGCAUGAGGGAAAAAAGAAGAGGUAUCAGAGCAUAGAUGCUCAGACCCUCCCCCACUACACAAGAGCAGAGAAGAAUGAUGUGAUUGUAUAGAUUUACUCCUUAGACCUAAGGUAGGUGUAAUUGCUUAAUGCUGUUUAUGUGCCAGUUAAGUCAUCUAGUGGCUGUAUGCCAGGAGAGUGGUUCAAGCAACACACUGAAGGUCCAUCACUGCAUUUCCGUCUGAUUGCUGUUGGGGCAAAAUGUUUCUCUUUGUAGAUGGAGUCAGAUUUUUGUGGUGUUAGUCAGAGAUGAGUUUUGUUCGAGAGUAAUCAAAGUUUAUCAUGAGUGACAUUUAGUAAAAAUGUCAAGUAGCUUUUGUAAAUACUGUGCAUCAUGCAUGCUGCCCUGGCAAUGAGGAGGGCAUUUACCCAUAACAGAGUGAUAUUACUCAAAACAUGGUAAAACCUGCAGAUCGAGCACCUGAUCCAUGUUUGCACUGAGAAGACUGAGCUCAAUAGAGGUGGAAUCGACGUCUUGUUAUUGUUUCUGUGGGUCUCUCUUUGCCUUUGUUUCUUUGCACAGUCCGACUACAGGUGCGGUUUCUUCUCAGCAGGCCCAGAGUCCUCCAAAUCAAAGGACUGAUGUGAAGAUGAAAGCGUGUUGUGGUUUGAAGCCCACCCUUUUCAUGAGCUUUUCGGGCCAAGUGACAGCAUCUGUCUGUGUGUCUUAGAGAUCAACAUUCAGGAGGAACAGCGUUCGGUCUGUGCGCAAGAGGAGCCAGGGGCAGCAGAGUGGAUGGACAAUAGUUCAGUCAAACAGAGAGAGGGAGAGAGAAUGAUGGGGAGGGGAAGAUAAAGAGAGUCAGGGUUUUGUUGUAGUGAAGGGCGCUCUGAAAGGGCACAAUAAAUCUCCUCGCAGAAGAAGAUCAGAGACUGGCCAAACCCACAACCCCACCAAACAUGAACACAUUCUCACAUAUGAAAAUAAACACCUGCAGUGUUGGGUGAACUCAUGGUAACCUCAUGAAUCUAUGAACAUAUCAAGUCUGAACAGCUAGUCCUGACAUCACGGAUGAGUCUGAAAUUGUUCACUUAUUCACUAGUCUCUACUUUACUUGCAUUCGGUCCCAAAACAAGCUCAGCUCCAUUUAAUUGAAGGUUUGAAGUGGAUUCUUCUUUAGCUCAAAAUAGACAGAAUGGAAACUUAUCUACUUGGACACAUUUUCUGGAUGAUAAUGCCUCAUUUAUCACUGGAUCAUGUUGGACAAGCCACAGACCUCACUAUGUUGUCUUAUCAGACACCAUUGUUCUCAACCCACCAACAGCUACACCCUUUUCCACGGAACUCAUAGCUUCUUCUUUUGAGCUGUUUACCAACAGCUUCGCUUCUGUUUCCUGAUAAGAGCUCACCACCAUUGUUACCCCAAACACAAAACAACCACCCCCCUGGAUCCAGAUUGCAAGAACCUCAAUCACAACAUUACAGUUGAAGCGCAGGGAGGAAUUAUUGCCAGUAAAUUUAAAGCUGUACGUUGUCAGUAAUAUCAUCACAUGGCACUGCAGUAGUUCAGAGGUUUGAAGUGCUGUAAAUCCCUGUUAAAUGUGAGGAAACCCUGUUGGGAGAAAAAAAAAAAUCGCUUGAUUCCUUUUUAUUUAGCAUUUUGCCUUGAAGUGCUCUGCAGAUGCCGUGUCUCUCUCUUCAAAUUGCUUCAGUAAAGCUGUUCAAAAAGGUCAGAUUAAGACUGUCUCACAGAGGGCGCUCCCAGGUGUGACUGUUUGAAACCAUAUGAAGAAGAGAGAAUCGCUCACUGCUUAGUUAGCAACACCAGUGGAUGCUCAGGUCCUCCUACUCAAAAUGCAGAAUUAACAAAACGUCAAAACAAAAUAAAAUUACAUUGUUUAUGUAAAAAUGAACAAAAUCCAAACAACAAUGAUAGUCUUUAAUGAUACAGUCUUAAAUCUUUUACAGAUUCGAAGCUAAAGAUCGGACUAAGAUGUCUAUGUAGUAGCUGAACCCUGCACUUCCUAUGGUUUUUACUUUUUGUUGUUUUUUUUGGGAUCAGUUUAUUUCUAACUACUGUAACUCUUUGUAUUGAAUGCUGGCAGCCAAUAAUUCAUCAUCCCUCUCUCUUUUCAAUGUCUUACAGAGAAGCUGAUAGCAUACCAGCGUGAGUUCCAUGCCUUGAAAGAACGCCUCCGUGUGGCAGAGCACAGAACGCUGCAGCGCUCGUCGGAGCUCAACAACAUCCUCGAGCAGUUCAGACGCGCCAUCGCCGAGACAAACAGCAGCAAAGAUGCUCUCACCAACUUCUCAGGUAACCGUUGUGCACAAACACACCUCAUUUACUCCAAAUGAGCUUGAACUCUGGUUUAGACAACAUGGAAGUACUUCAGGCGGAAGUUUUUGAGCUUUAUGAUUCAACGCUUUUUGUGGAUUUCCUCUUCGCACUGGCUCACCUUGUCUAAAGGUUAAAAUUAAAAACAGUGCCCCUAGAAUAACACUGAUUGUUUUGGUUAUUGCCAAACAAAUCUUAAGUCAUUGUAACUAGAGAUGCACCGAUUGCAAUAUUCUUGGCCGAUACCGAUUUCCGGUUUUAAAGGAGGUCUGACCUGCCAAAACCGUUUUUUCUGAUACCGAUUUUCUACCUAAGAAAUAAUUAUAAUCAUAUAAUAGACACCAUAUUUGUUUGGCUUGAGUACCCAUUCCCAAUUUUAAUUUCAGUACCCCUCUCCCAGACAACAUUUUGCUUAACUGCAAUUAAAAGCACAACUAAUGGUAGGCUAUCUGCUAUCAUAACCCCCCUUUUCAAGAAUAAAACCUCACAAAUAAGAAAUAGAGUGAGAGUUUCAACAGUGCCUCCUGAGCAGAUUUAUUUUCAACACUGACCAUAACAUUCAGUCCAGUUUACAGGUCAAUAACUAACUUACAUUCAAACAACAUUCAAAAACGUCCCAGCAUUUGCCUGGUACAAUGUAAUUUAUUGACUACCCCUCCAGUACCUCUCUCAAACGACUCUGGCAGCGCUGUGUCAGAAAAGUACCGCCUACUUGGUAGUUUGUACCAAUCAACGCCGAAGACAUUUGGAACAACAAACUUAAUACGCCACUUGGAAAAGAAGCACCCAGGCUUGUUUAGCAAAUAUAAGGAAUACACUGCCGCUAAGAGGAGGGAUGCAGCAGAGUCGCAGCGACCACAACAACCCUCCGCCGUGGCUCCUAUGGUCGACAUCAGCACUGAAAAGUCCAAAGCCACCACUAGGAAAAUAAUGGAGUUCGUGGCACUGGAGGACCAGCCGUUUAGCGUAGUACAGGAUAAAGGCUUCGUAAAUCUGAUGAAACACUCUACUUGGUAAUUUUUACCGUGGACUCAGGUGUUUCAUCAGAUUUACGAAGCCUUUAUCCUGUACUACGCUGCGUGUCAGUUUGCUCUGCUCGGGGAAAACCGGCAAAUUACGACAGUGACCGGCCGGUCACCGGUUGGGGCCGGUUGGAUAUAAAACCGGCUUUUUAAAUUGGCGGCCAAUUGAUCGGUGCAUCUCUAAUUGUAACACAGUGUCAAGCAGAAGUCCCUCUCUUUAUGAGUUUGACCAAAAUACCACAAGAUACCAAAGGGGAAGUACCCUCUACAAAGCAAAGUCAUUUCUAAUAAAAAAGAAACGAAACCAGACUUUUUCCUGGGUAUUUUCUGAGUCGCAGGACUCCUACAGACUUCUGUCGUUGAAUCUAUCCUGCUGACCUUUAACCCACUAGUUGGGUGAUAAAGUAGAAAUGGCUGAGUCGUGGCAAUCAUAAGAACAUUUGACUGCGCAGUACAGCACAUAAUAGAAUAUAAAUGAAAAAAGUCUAGUUUGUGGUUCUGUUUUGAGCUUAUGGUGCACAUUGCCUGCCAAUUUUCAGACGGAAAUCUGCUUUUAUAUUCAGUUCAUUGACAUAAUGGCAGUGCUACAAGUCUGAAACUGAAAGUUAUGGCUGUUUUGUGUUGUUGAGAAUUUAGUUAUAGCCACAGUUUUGCUCUCUCAAAGCGUUUUUGAUUUUAAUUUUCUCAUACAUCAUAGGCAUAUGAAUGAAAAAUCUUGACUUCAUUAUUAAUUUAAUCCUAUUAUUGGCCGCAGUGGGCUGCUAGAAAACACCAAGAUCCCUGCAUGAGAGAAAACAGUUUUAACCUCAACACUGUGCAGUAUGGUAAAACCCACAAGAACAGACAGGCUCCUCCAGCUAGUGGUACUCAUAUUCUUAAGUCAGUGUGGAGCUGCUGCAUAUAUAGUCUUGUGUGGUUAGCGCCUCACUGUUUCACUGAGAUCACUAAUGGCAAAGCGGUGGAGUUUUAAAAGUCAGCAGUAAAUGUAACCCCUGUCAUCACUUCAUAGAGCCGAGAGAGGACUCCUCCUCCUCCUCUUCACUUCAUUUCUCUGUCUGCUUCCAGAUGAGACGCAGAAACUACUGAAGGAGCUCGCGAAUCGGAAACCUCUCCAGGUGCCAAAUAUCUACCACCACCUGCCUCACCUACUCAACAAUGAGGGCAGCCUGCACCCGGCCGUGCAGGUUGGACUCGGCCGCACAGGAGGUGAGAAGCAUGCACACGUGCGCUACCUACUACCCUUUCAGAACAACAGUAUCUUGUCUGAUUAAUGAGUCCUCCCUUUAGACUUUGUACACCAGUCCUACACAAACACACUGAAACCUCCAGAGACCUUCAUUACACCAGGGAGGGGGCCAAGUCCCAACAAGUUUCAGUUGAUGACUAGUUCACAACAAGUAUCCCCUCUGGACCGAGCUUUGCUGUUGGCUCAUUCUAAAUAACAUGUAGUGUAUGUACGGUUUGUCUCCUUGUUUACUUUACAUGUCACGUACCCCAUCUCUUGAUGCAUGAUCAAACUGUGUUUCUCCUCUUUUUCAAGAUAUCACUCUUAUUCCUUUUUUACGCUCAGUAAUGUGUCUUUAUUGUCCCUUGGUUUCUCUUUAUUUGUUAUUUUCAUUUCCAACAGGGUCACAAAAGCCCACAGAACGCUUCUGUUUUCCAUCAGCCCGCUCUUUUAUAUGAAUUAAUCCGCUGCUGUUUCACCCUCCUCCAUUAACUCCUAUUUUCAGCCACCAUAGUUUUAUUUUUAAAUUUCUUCCUUUCACACCCGAGCAGCAGCGUGAAUGUGACCUCUGCUUUAUCAAGGUCUCUCUAAGAGGAUUACUCAUUGAGCUUUGCCAGUGUGAUAGGUGUGUGGUGAAUUUGGGGCGCAGGUUUAGGGGGUGGGGGGGGUGGGCUGAACAGCUUGAAUUGUGUUCCCACAUUCCUGACGACAAAGCCAGGGAAAGAACAGAGGCCCUUGACAAAUUAAAGGAGAAGAAAGAGGGAGAAGUCUGGAACAAGUAGGAGUUCCUUGUCCCUGGCCCGUUUGAUCACUUGGUACGAGGUAUUCCCACAGGAGCGAGAGAAAAAAGGCCUAUCAUUGCCAUCUCCUACUGGUUGCCAGUCUGUCUGCUUUUAUGACAGGUGAGCAGGUAUCUCUUACCUCCACACAGGGUUUUAAGACUCUUCUUUCUUCGGCUGUCUUUGAGAAAACCUAAAGGAGAUUCCUAACCCCAGAUAAUGAGCAGUUUGUGUUGCUGCCUGCUGCCUUUAUCCUCACAGGCUUCUCCCUGUUAAACACUAUCAGUUGUGUUUGCUGGAAUGCACCAGCCAGCCAGAAAUACUGCCACUGGGAAGCGAUUGUGGAUCUGCGGGGUUAAAGGUCUCAGAGUCACAGGACUGCCUCUGAGAAGUUUUACCCACCAACCCGUGCGUGCCUUGUGACACACUUUAAUAGCUAUGGCAGAGUUUUGCGUCAGGGCCCCGAGAAUUUCUGUAACAUCCUCUUUUUUUUAAUUUUGUCCUCUUAGUUGUCCUCUUUGCUUGUGUCUGUUUAUUUGUGUCUCAGCUGAUUUGGGUGUAUCUGACAUUCAUAGCUGAGCAAAUUAGGACAUAAUCCCUCCUAAAAUUGGAAAAGGAUUAUUGUAAGAAACCAGAGAACAUUCCAGGCUGAGUCGGUUGAAGGAGAGCCUGACUGAAGCACCUUUUUCACCGAAACGGAAAAAAAAAACAGCAUUAUCAGGCCUUGCUUGUUUGAAACACGUUUGUGUAUAAGAUGUUGGCAAACAACGAGCUUCACAACUUUUGCCGUUUUUUACACAGUCAUUACUUUUUCAUUGCCAAGCAACAGCAACCCUUGUUUACACUGCUGAGCCUUUAAACAUGUCACAUGUUACAGUUGAAUAUCUCUUUUUAUUCCCCUUUCUCUCCCUAAACAUUCCUUGCAUUGCAGUCUUUGUCUUUGCUGACUCUCCUGGUAGGCCGUAAGUCACUGUGUGGACAAUCACGGCUCUGCUCUAAUGUAUGGUGCCAGCUGCUACGCAAGGACUUCACUGCAAGGGCUUUACAUAUAUGACGGUUCUCGCUGUCUCUCUCAGAUCCCACAUGUCUCUGUGCAGGUUUCCUGGCUUAACAAGUAGCAGUUGCCAGUACGGUGUCAACAACAUGACCUCUCAUCAGCUUCCCACUCACUGCUGCUCAUUACGCUGCCAGUUUUGCUCGUUGUAAUGCAGCACAGUUUUUUGUUUCAGUGGAUGAGGCAUGAACAGCUAAAUUACAAGUUGACAGUUAUAUCAAAAUCUCUUGUGCUAACCCAUAUUUAUUUCUGGCUCUGAUAUGAUUGCUCGUUCACUACCAGGAGAGAAAGUAACCGCGUAGAAACUUUGGAUUUUAUAUCACUUGUUCAGUCUGAUCAGCCAAGUAGUGAUUUUGUUUCAUUAAUCAACAGAAUCUAAUCAGCCCAGUCUAAUCUGGAUCCAAUCACCUUCAGUGGAUACUCAGGCAUGCAUACACUGGCUCGCUCCUGCUGCCCAUUUAAACAACAUAACAAUACAGCCUUUUGAUGUUUGACGGUAUUGUAAUUCUAUCAGUCACUCUUGGUGUCUAGAAUCUUGUUUCUUAUUGGAGAGGGAAAAGAACAAACAUGUUCUCAAGGCUAGCCUGAUGCUUUGAUUGCAUAAGGGUAUCAUGUUGCUGUGGUCAAUCUGAGUUGUAUCUCAGGGCAUUGUCGAUUUAGGAGACAGCCACAUGUACGCAUAGCGAAUUCCUCUUGUUUUCUGUCUGUGUCUGUUUUAGUCACUUUUUAAAAGCUGAACUCUCAGCUUUUACCGCUCUCACCCAUCGAAAUAAUGUGUCACCGAGUACCUGGAAGAUGAGUGUAAGCCUCACCUUAGUCUGGUCAAAUCCAAAGCUUUCCAUUAUCUUAGGUUUCUUUUGGUUUGGAAACAACAAUUGUUGCACACUCCUCAUUUGCUAUGCACAGCUAAAGGAGAACAAGUCAAGCGUGGUUCUGGUUCUUUCCAGCAGCUUUGAUCUCACAUGUCAAAGCAGGAGAGCGCUGCACGUUGCAUUUCACCUGCCACUGUCUGCCAGUCAGUUAAGGGUGUAAACGGAUGUCCACACAUAGUUGACUUUGGAAAAGCAUAAACAGACUUGUUGUUUACACACAUGUCCAGGAUGUGAAUGGUUGUGGAUACUCAUCAAACAGUGAGACAUGUAUAGGUCUGUGUAUUCUGCUUUAGGCUCUGAGUGAAGACUUGUCACAUGACACAUUUUUUUUAAAGGUUGUUGUGAAUGGAUCUUUUACCAUAAUGAGACUGUAGAUUAAGAGAGUGAGCUUUGUGAGUUCACCUCAACAGGUCAACGUCCUUUUCAGUGGGUACACUUCGCAGAUGUGGGCUGUAGGGUUUCCCGCUGUACAUUCCAGUGUAACAUAUAGGCCUCAUUUACUGACAAACGUACUUGUUUGCCCACUCAAUUAGACAAACACACACAUAGUCGACUAUCCCAAGGUCUCAGACUGAGACCUUGAUUCCUACAUCCUUAUCUGCAUGAGAAAAUCUGUGUUUCCAAAUCCCUUCACAAAAGUGGACUCAAAAAUGACAUGAGCCGCAGAGCCGCCGAUGGCCAAUUAAACACAAAGCCUUCAAAAUGAAUCAAUAAAAAAGUGAUCUUUUUGAACAUUUUUGAUUAAACAUCAAAAGCAAACAUGUACAUGCAAAACGAACCAAAAACAUUAAAAAUGCAUCAAAGCUGUGCCUCAAACUAAAACAAAACCAGCUCCCCUCACUGCUGCUGUUAAUGGAACAGAUGGACACAGUUUUAUUGAAGUUUUCAUUAGAAAGUCCAUUCUGGCCACAUUGAAUUGUUUCAGUAUAAUUCAGUGCAGUUUUCAAUUGACGUCAUCUCCAUUAUUCAAACUGGUUACACAGGAGAAUAUUUGAUCCCAAAUAUAUUUAAAAAAUUCUUUUUACUAACAAGAAAUCAAACUUAGUUACAGGUUUUCCCUGGCUCAAAAUCAGCACCUUUAUUGUGCACACACACCAGCUAACUGUAGUCAUUGUGUAAUUAGAGAAAGGACAAACUCACAUCAAAGACCGUUUUAUUGAUAAUAAAUAUAGUUUUAGAGGCACUGUCUUUUAAGGAGUUUGUCAAUGAUCAAGAAAGAUUGAAGCUAAAACUGAGACCAUCUGCAGCAUGUCUGAUAGUUUCUCUGUUCUGUUGAACCUGCUGUGAGGAGGUGGGUGUCAGAGCAGUUGAUUGACAGCAGGCUGGUACCCGCUGCUAUUAUGAACUCUGUCCUAAUGAAUGUUGGUGGCAGUAACAUGUUUUUAUUUGAACUGUAUCUGUGUGUUAUUAAUAAGCGUUCUUUUACUGUUCUUAUACACACUGACAGUGCUGAAGAGAGAGACGGACAGACGAACAGAAUUAUAUGUGAAAAAAAAGUGCGGAUAUGCAUGUAACAUUUUAUUUUUCGACACGUAGGGGUGUCCUUACCCGUAGCAAAAUGAACACAAAUGGAAAGAAAUCUUUUCACUUCUCUUCCUUUGGGGCAGUUUUGAUAACGUAUUUUCUGAUGCACUGGACUUACCAUAAAAUAGGGCCUCUUUAACAUUGUAGUGAUGCUGUAAUUGCAUUUAAAAAUAACCAGCUGACCUAAUCUGGUUCUUGGGAAAUGAUGUUCCUCAUGAAAACACACGUCACUUCUGAUGGGGGCUGGAGAUAGUGCCAAAAUAAGGCAAAAGCAGCCGCCUUGUUCUUUUAUACGCAGGAAGAACUCUGCUGGUUGUAAAAAUACAUAUUAAAGAUCUAAUGGUUCCUCUUGCUGACAUGAAGUCGUAUGUGGUUACUUUGUCUAAACAUGAGUCAUCAUUCUUAGAAGUAUAGAGUAAGUUAAGGAGUAGGGGGAUGUUUAAUAGCACAAACCAUGUACAGAGGUCAACCUCCUCCUUUAAAUCUGACCUUACCCCAUGUCAUUUCCUCUUCUCUCUUCCCAGUUCCUCACUUUAUUCACUGCACUAUAAGCUGCACAUGCAAAAAGAAUUAAAAAUUAACUUUCAAAACAGUCACCAAGUUUGAAAGUUCACUCACUAAACUUCCAACAAAUCAAUGAGUCAUCACGCCAAAGUGUUAUCUGGUUUGACACAUAGGUAUGCUUCACUUUUUCCACUCAGUUGUUAAACUUCUUAUGAGAUCAUUUCCCUCAUGUCACAAACCUCAACCCUUGAAAAUAAAAACUCUGCUUCUCAAACAGGAAAAUAAAAUCCUAAAUAGGCUCAGUUCAAACUAACAAUCAGGCAGCAUUUGUUGUUUGAAAACACAGCUGAACAGCGGCUCUUCAGUGCGUAUGUGACACCAAAUCAGGUUUUUUACUUAUGUGACAGAGAAGCAGACAUAUAUGUAGAUUAUUUUUGUUUUUAUUGUUUUUUUUCCUGGACGAGAUGUAAAGAUGGCAGAGUGACGCGGGCAGGCCGAUCAAGGGACAUGGGGAGGGGCUGCCUCCGAGUCGGUCCUGCUCACGCCGCACUUGCAUGCAUUAUCACUCACUCACCGUCUCCCCCCCUCCUCCUUAUUCUGUCACUCUCUGUCUCUUUUCCUUCCUCCCACAUUCUCCUUUCAUCCUCGACCUACUUUCUCGGUGGUGGUGGGUGUCGCUAUACGACACGGAGCUCAGUGUGAGAAACACAAAGCGAAACUGGGACAGAUUCUCCACGCUGCGCAGAUCACUCUGGAGGAUUGGACCCUCUCUCAAGUCCACUGCGCCGCUCACUCAUACAGCAACUUUGUUUUGUUCUUUUUUUCGCGGGGCCCCUCGUGUGCCCCCAUAUCAGCUCAGUCAGCAUGUUUCCCCCUGUUAAAUGAACAUGUGCACACAAGCACACACAAGGAAACACAGGCACACUGUAACCUUGUUCCACGUACUUCUCACUGUGCUUUUCUUUCAGGACAAGUUGUUAUUGACUAAAACACUCAUUCAGCUUUUACUUUCUUUGUCCAAGCAAAGUAGAAGUUAUGCAAAACAUUAUGCAAAAUUGUCUUUGGUUUGAGCUCAGUAAAGGACAAGUACAAUGUGUCUCCAGGAAGAGUAAUGUAAACAUGAAAGAGGGAGCACGCAGGCUAAUUCGCACUUUCACGCCGUUGACAUUUCUCUCUGGCAUGAGGAAAAAACUGAUUUAGUUUCAGAUUAUGAACCAGGAAACUCGUUCAACCUCACAAGGACUUGUCACUCUGCUCCCUCGUGAAAGUGAUCCUUCUAUCCUCGUGGGUAAGAUGAACUGGCUUUAUGUCUGCAGCAGCCUGUUGUGUCCUCGUAGUCUGGUGUACUUAUCGUGGAAUCCUCAGACAAUAAAGAAGAAGAGGCCGUCUGUUUUCGCCUCUCCACUCCGAGCCUCGCACAAUAGGAGCGAUAAGGAGACGACAAUGGCCGGUCUCUUGUCUGUUGUCUCACUUUAGUGCUGAAUGUAAAGUGUUUCCCACAUGUGACCUUUCUUUGAACUUUCCCUGGAAAUGUUUCAGAGCUUGUGGGGAGGCUGUCUUGAUCAAUCACAGUACUUGCUGAGGAAAUGAAAUGAUCUGCAUUUGGAUCAGCUGAUGACUCACUGGUCACAUCUUAAGAAAAACAGUCAGAAAUCCUCUCUCAGGCCGUUAUUCCUUUUUUGACCCUGUUUUCUGUUUACAUUGGCCUGCUUGGCUUUGUUUAUUCUAGCUGGUAGCAAAAACCCUUAAAUUAAGGCAGCCCUGAUUUGCUGGAUAAGAACGAAUGUUUUCAUAUUUGGUAGUUUCCUCGGCUGCACAUUGUUGUCAUUACCAAAGCAGCGCGGUUCGACUUGCAAUUUGUCAAGAAUCAACAACUUUACCCUCUUUGUGUAUGAUUCUUGUUUAAGGACAUGUUUCUUUAAUAACAAGCAGCAUGGUGUUGUAGAUAGAUGUAUUACAAAAAAACCUCCUUUAGUCCUUCUUCCCACUGCCAUCUGUCUGCCUGGGCAUGAAUUUCUUAUUCAUUUCAGUCCAUCUAAUCUGCAGUUGUCUAACAGCAAACAUUGUUUGAUUCUGGAUCCAUCUGAUUCAACGGGCACCCCUGCAGCGUACCACACUUCUUCUCUCACCUUGCACUUUUCUGUCUUUUUUUUUUCUCAGUUACCAUGGUGAUGGGGAUCCCAACAGUGAAGCGAAAGGUGAAGUCUUACUUGUCGGAGACGCUGCAUUCGUUGAUAGACAAGCUGUCACCAGAGGAGAAGCUGGACUGUGUCAUAAUAGUCUUUGUCGGGGAGGUGAGAUCUCAUGUUCUUCCUGUAUGAGUCAUGGCAGGAUUGUUCUGAACAGCAAAUGAAAAAUUGAUGUGUGUGCUACAUGUGUUUUCUUGUUUGAACCCUGCAGACUGAUGAGGACUACGUUCACAGUGUGGUUGCUGGCCUGGAGAAAGAGUGAGUGCACUGCCUUGCCUUCAAAGAAAAGAAAAGAGAAAAAAGAGAGGCUUAUUGUUUAUUGACAUUUGCACAAGUAAUGGACAGGUCGAACACACUGCAGUUUAUGUGCUAUGUAUAUGGAGGGCUUUUUUGUGUAUUAAAAAAAACGCACAUUGAAGAAACCAACAUUUUUUCAAGAAAUAAACUAGAAUAUUACACUGCAUUUAACUCUUAACUAUGAAAAAAACACACUAGAGUAUAAACGGAGACACUGAACCAAUCAAAAAGAGUUGUGACAGGCUAUAAUAUGUUGAUAAAAACAGGAUAUGAGGGUUUGCAAAUCAUGUAACGCCUUUAUUUGAUUGAGUUUAGUCCAAAGACUUCAUAUACGAUACUGUAAUUGAAAAACUAAAUGUUUAAUGAAAGCUAUAUACUCUAUUUGAUGCCGGCAACAUCAAAUCCAAUCACUUAACAAACAGUAGUGUUUACCAGAGUGCUGCACAGUAAGAUAAAAUGACAGAAAAAAACAACACAAAUAAAUGACAUAAAAUCUAUAAAACAGUAAGAACCUGUAAAAGACAUACAGAGACUGCAAAAGAAUCAGCAUUAAACCACAGGGAUGAUAAAAACAAGAUUUGAUAACAGAGUUAUUCUGUUUUUCUUUUCAAAUUGGCUCCAUCAGAGACAUGUCACAGGAAGCACUGGGUCCAAACGCAAUGAUCUCUGUCUUGUUUUUCACGAGAAUUUUAAAACAUUUAAUGACAGUGUGUUUCCAAACAGCUGGGACAGGGGCAUGUUUGCCAUUGCAUUGCUUCACCUCCUUUGAAACUUUGGAGGCCAGUUUUGGGAGUUUUAAAAGUUUGAUGUCAACCUAUUCUUUUCUGAUAUGGGAUUUCAUCUGUUCCUUUGUCAUGGUACCUUCAAAAAGCGUUAAUUUUAUCGUGUCAGACCACAGUCAAGUUUUGCACUUUGCCUCGGUCACCUGCAUUCCUGGAUCAUAUUUCUAUGUGGUUUCUUCUUUGCAUGGGACGGUUUUCACCUGCAGUUGUUGGUGACAAACUAUGAUCACAGACUGUGUCUUUCUAAAAUGAAAUGAUGUAGAGCCCAUGCAGUUAUUCCUACUACAGACAUUUUUAACUCAGUGCAACCUGCAGACCCGAAGGUCGUGUCCACUGAAUAUUCAGUUAUUGGUCUCGUCUCUUCAGUGCAGAGAUUUAUGCAGAUCCUCUGAACCUUUGAUGAUAUUUUGUACUGCCGAUGAUGAAACUCCGUAAUUCUUUUCAGUUUUAUGCACAGGAACAUUACUCUGAAAUUGCUCAACUAUUUCCUCAUCCAGUCUCUCAGAAGUUGGUGAAUCUCUUCACAUCUUUCGACUUGCUCAAACUCUUUUGAAAGCUUUUGUACACGGUCAUGUUACUAAUCUGUUGCAAAUUGAUGUAAUCAGUUUUGCAGAUCUUCCUCCAGGUGUUUUAUAUGAGAAUAACAGCUUUUUCAGUGUUUUGUUGUCCCAGUCCCAACUGCUCAGAAACGUGUCGCUGGAAUCAGAUGAGCAUGUUUUGAUAAAGGGCUGUUUUUCCAUUUGAACAGCAAUUUUCAGUCUUAUCAUUUGGGCUAUUGUCUUUGCACAAUUUUCAAUUAAAUGUAGGUGAUAAAUGAUUUGCAAUCCAUCAAAUUCUGUUUUCAUCAACACAUCACAUAACAUCCCAACUCUUAUACAAAUAUAUAUAUGUAUACGUUCUCUCGUCUUAAGAGUUUUGCACAUCUGCUAUUGCACGCUAUAUAAAAAUAUCCUAAGAGAGACAGUUGACUCACUCCAGUAGCUCUUCUUCCUCAGGUUUUCUACAGAGCUGAACUCAGGCUUGCUAGAGGUGAUCUCCCCUCCAGCCGCCUAUUACCCCGACCUCACCAACCUCAAAGAGACUUUCGGGGACUCCAAGGAGAGAGUCAGGUAAGCAGCUCUCUCAGGCAUGCCAUCUGCGUUAUCUGUUAUUCGGUGCGCUGCCACGUAAUUAGCAAAAUGUGAUAGAAAUCAUACCAGAAAUGAUGGAGAAAUCAGCCCCGGAGAGAAAGGACAGGAAGGCGAGCUGUGAUGAGGAUUGCAGGAGGAAAAAAAAGUGGAAGGAUGAGUCAGGGGGACAGUGGGAGGGAGUGAGUGAGUGAGGGAGAGAGAGAGACAGCGGGAGAGAGCGGGAGCUUUUAGGUAGGCUGCUUGGCUACUUAGUAUUCCACUGGCAUUUCUCAAAGUCAGAUCACGGUCAUCAGCAGCAGCACCCUCUAUCUCUUCUUCUUUGUAACGCUCCCUCUUAUUAUCCUCUGGACUUAUCUUCUCUUUAUAGUCAGUUAACAUCUGGUUACAUUAGAAAUCUGUUUAUGGUGCAGUUUGUGACAACUCCUUACGGUAGGCUUUCUGUUACAAACCUGUAGGCCCCCAAGAGUCGGUGUUAUGUUUGUACGUAGAUGUGAGUGUAGGUGUGAGGUGUUUUUCCCAACAUGUCUAGAAGGCUUUUUUUUGUAUAUACUGUAUGUUUGUGUGUUUAUUUGUGCAUGUGCCCCAGUUAGAAGUCUAGAAAAAGACCCACCGCGGUCCUUCAGAGCUGAAGCUGCAGCACCCAUAUGGCCAAGUUCAAGUGUGUGCGCACAUAUCUGAGGAGUCUGUUCACCUGAAUUUAAAAGCAUGUAUGAGUGUCAGUGUGUGUGUAUGUGUGUGCGUGCGGAUGUGCAUCUGCGUUCCAACUCCCAACACCUGCCAGAAGCAUCAUGAACACCUGCAGCUCAUGAGUCACACGGCAACAAGGGCAGAUCAUUCAGAUCAAACAAUUAGUGGCAGCUCUGCUUUAUAAAUAAUUCAAGCAGAGCCUGCUGUUGUAACAUUGAGUAUAACUGGGAGGACCUGAUUUGCACAAUUUAGGUUUAGCAUGUUAAGAGGUGUCUCUGACAGGCUCUUCAAAGGUAAAACACGCCGGAGGAUACCUUCAAAUACAAGAAGACUGAUUCACUUUUUCAUGUGUUUUAAUGAUUCUGUCUGUAUUUAGAUGGCGAACCAAGCAGAACCUGGACUAUUCCUUCCUUAUGAUGUACGCUGUGAGCAAAGGGGUUUAUUAUGUCCAGGUAGGUUUAAGUUAUGAUACAUGACUGCAUUUUGGGAUGGAGUCUCAUAUAAGUCGUCUUGAAAAUCUGCUAUUAGACAAAUGCGGCCUUGAAAUAAACGUGUAUUGUUGUUGGCUGGUCAUUCAUCAGAGCCAGUGUUGUUGUUUUUCACUUGUUCUUAAUCCUCUUUAACUUCCACAGCUCUUAUCUGUUUCUUGGCUAAAGUAGGCAGCUAGUUUGGUAAUGCUGCUAUAAAUGUUUACUCUUGAGCAGAUUUGAACACCAAACAUUCACUGCUUAGUUUUCCUGUGUUGUUAAUCUUCUGUUUUUUCUGUUUUCUGCCUGGGUGUGUCAGUUACUCUCCCUGCUCUCAGCUAAAGGGAAGAGGUAUUUCCUGUCUGACACCUACUUUGGUUUAGUGUAGCGCCUCCAACGCUCCCUACCUCAGCUCAGACAGUGUUUCCUUUUGUGAAUAUAGAAGAGUCCCCCCCCCCCCCUUCUGCAUCAACCAUAAACUCAUCUCUCCUUAAAUGCAUUCCCACUGUCUUACAAUCUCGCUCUUUCUGUGUCUCUGUUACUUCAGCUGGAGGAUGACAUCGUGGCGAAACCCAACUACUUUGCCACAAUGAAGAACUUUGCGCUGCAGCUCUCAUCAGAAGACUGGAUGAUCCUUGAGUUCUCUCAGCUGGGCUUCAUCGGUGCGGUUUGUUCAGCACAUGAUCAAUACUCGGCAUUCACAGGGGGUCUGUCAGAUACAGUAGGAUCUUUGUAGUCAGCUGAUGAAAGAAUGAGACGGGAUCCUGGCUUGGUUUAGAAUUUCUCAAAUCAUCUCAGCCCGGCUUUUAUAGGGUUUAUGCUAAAAUACCUUUUUACUCUGGUAUGUGAUCUCCUUAUUGUUUUACAGAGUAGCGUAAACUACAUUCGCUGAGUGGCGUUAUUUAGCUAAGCUACAUUUCUCCCAUGGGUGGCUUCUCUGUUGCUGAACUUCCAUUGUUGUGUAAUUAGCAGCCUGUAAAAUUACACUUUUAAACAGGCUUUCUAAACAUCAUUCAAAGGUUAUGUGAUUAGCAAGAGAAAGGCGCGUUCAAAUUGAGCAUAUUUAAGAUUUAAAAUAGGUUUACUUUAAUUCCAAAUUAAACUGUGAUUUCAUUUAAUCUCCCAGUUUGUUUUCAUGUUAACUAACACAUCAUGUGGCCGGUUGUUAUUUAGUAAGUCUGUUCUCUGUCCUGCAGGAAAAAUGUUCCAGGCCCCGGACCUGAACCUCAUUGUGGAGUUCAUCUUUAUGUUCUACAAAGAGAAACCCAUCGACUGGCUGCUGGACCACAUCCUCUGGGUCAAAGUCUGCAAUCCUGAGAAAGAUGCUGUAUGUGCAGCACUUUCAGUAAAGCUCUUAGUGUUGUCCCUGAAGUAAACAGUCUCAUCACUGUUCCUUUUACUGUUUUUUUAAUUUGCAGAAACACUGUGAGCGUCAGAAGUCCAGCCUACGUGUGCGGUUCAGACCCUCCCUGUUUCAGCAUGUGGGACUCCAUUCUUCUCUUGCUGGGAAAAUUCAGAAACUCACAGUGAGUCUCAGAGUUUUUUAUUUGCAAAAAAAGUGCACUUGACUUCCUGUAGAAGUGUGUAGAAAUUUCCUCUGUGUGUGUCUGUGAAGGAUAAGGACUUCCUGAAGCCUCUUCUCCACAAGAUGCAUGUUAACCCCCCGGCUGAGGUUUCCACUUCAAUGAAGGUACUGUCUCAGGGUUUUAAGAGUAUAUCAUCUCUGAGUUUUAACUUUUAUUUAAGUCUUAUACAUAAAACGAACUUUAUCAGCAAUGCUAAAUUUAGUUAAUUCAAAUGUUUAAUGUGUCACACAGGUGUAUCAGGGUCACACUCUGGAGAAGACGUACCUAGGAGAGGACUUUUUCUGGGCCAUCACCCCGACUGCAGGAGACUACGUCCUCUUCAAGUUUGACAGACCUGUUAGCAUAGAAAGGUAGGCGUAAAAGGCUUCAUCUGCAAGGUGCACAGCAUUCAAUUAAUCUGUGGAGUAUGCAAAAAAAAAAAAAAAGGUCCAACUUGUUACAUCUUUUUGUAGAAAUUACCAUAACCUUUGCACAAACAGGCGCAUGCAAAAUCGCUCUUUUCUGCCUGCUGCCCUUUUACUGAUUCAGGCUCAGCUCCAUUGUGCAUGUGCAUGUUUGAAUGUGUGUGCGCCGCAUGUCUUCAGGGAUCAGGGUGAGCUAAUGAGAGUGCUCUAAAAUAAGCAUUCACAGCCCAGCCUUCUCUCUGUGGACAUCAGGGUAGAGAGGGGGCAAGGCAGAGAAUCUAAAGAGAUGUGAUGGGGAGAGUGACGACCUGGAUCGAAGCAGACUUGCAAAGGGUCUUUGAUAUUUACAAGACAGAAUAUAAAAACAUAAAGAAUUGGCAGAGGGUUUAGAGGCCAUUUGAGAAAUUUUAUGAUAGUUUAAUGAAUGUUCAGUGUAUUGGUAAAAGCUUUCUUAGACAUGUCUGUUAUUGAACAUGCUAGUUUGACACUCUCAUAAAUCUCGCGUCACCUGUGGCGUUUUCAUGUGUCAUAAAUAUGCAGACUUAAAAGCGGAGUUUUAUUUUUGCGAUGCCCAAAGGCACGCUGCUGACUAACACGGAUUAAAAAAGACGUCAGCAGAAAAUAAGGCCUUGGGUGUGCUAACCGAAGUCUCUGAUUUUUCAUUCUAACUCACCGAAGCGUGUAUAUUUUUGUUCAUGAUGUGGGGAUUCAUUUUAUAGUGCUUUAUAGUGAUACUGCUGCUCUUGUAGGGAUAAUUUAAGGACAGUGUGACAAGUGUGUGAGACAGCAGGUCACUUUCCAUUGAAGUGGCAGCAUGUUGGACAGGAGCCAUCCUCUGUUCCACUGUCUGACUCUGAAGUGUUUUGUCUGCUUUUAAAUGACACCAAUUACGCUGGCUCGCGCUCUCUAGCCCUGCUGAUUGAGAAACAUCUCAUCAGCAGUUGGUAAAGAAGCGAUACAGCAUGUUGUAAGAAGUGUCAACACCUCAGUCUCUGGCUGUAGUUUCUCUCCUGUUUCUGACUCGCUGACUCUAAAACAGAAAAUGCUCAUGAUUUCUCAGCAUCAACUGACAUGAGUAAAAAAAAAAACCUUCUUUUGGAAUUUUGGAAACAGCUUUAAGAUUUUCUCAUUUUGAAUCUUGCUCACCUUGGAUUCAAAACAGAAAAGCUACAACUGAAGCACUCCAACUGUGUCCAUGCUUGUGAACUUAAAUUGUUAAGUUGCUCUAAAAUCAGCUGAGUUUUGGAUUUAAAUCUAAACCUUUCUGUUUCUGACACAUACAGUUACUGCAUUACAAAGUGGAUGUAUGCCAUAAGUGCAUGAAUGUUUCUGUUGCAGUUAUUUAGGAGAGGAGUGUAGCAAGCAUGCAUUCUGCCUGUGUGAAUUUAUAGCUGAGUAAGGAUAUUUUUCCACCGUAGGAGUUUUUUAAAAAUAUUUUCUCAUAUAAGCUCUCCUCACUCCCAUUACCCUGGUGUAUAAACUGAGGUGCUUCCCUUUUGUCUCUUCAUUGAGGUACAAAAUCAUGUCACAUACAGAUUUUCUGAAGAUGUGAGUCACUGCUGAUCCUAUUCUACAUUUUUUUAAGUUUUUGUGUUGUUUUUAUACCUUAUGGCACAAGACCUUUUUGUCUACACUUUCCACCUGUUUUUAUCGCUGAAUCACUCGCAAAACAUCCCAAACGCUGUGAUAUUUGUGUGACUUUAUAAAACAUGCUGCUGAUGAAGAAAGUCAACAAAGCAGACACAUAGGAUGAAAGAGAAACAGUAAGGAAGAGGCAACUUAGUGUGUAUUAGUAGAGAAGAGGUGUGUGUUCAAAGAAAACUAAAUGGAAAUGAGGAGAAUACGAUCUUGUCUGAUUUAAUUGACCUUUAUCAAAUCAGAAGAAGCUCAGUGAGUUUAAACUUCUUUUAUCAGGAGUGUCAUCUUCUUUCUUAAGUUUCUGCCUCAAAAUAUGCAGUGAUACUGUUUUAACACUAAUUGAUAGCGAAUACAAGUCAGAGGUUAAACAAGCUAUUAGGUUAAUUAUUCAUCAGGGUGUAAUUUAUUUGAAUAUAAGGUUGUUAAAUAAAAGAUUUCUUUUGAACAUUAUUUCAUGUUUUCUUAUUGACUAGAAGAGUAAAAGCAUUAUUUCAUAGCCGAAGCUUUAAGUUGGUUAAAGGGACUUCAUUACCCAGAAUGCACCUUGGUGUAAACAGGAAGUUCAGCAGGAAUUGGAAAAAAAAUCUGUUACAUUAUGUUGUGAGGAGUUAUCACGUGGGGUUUUCUUUCAGUAAAGGAUGUUUCUAUUUUUAAGUCCGAAGUUAAGCCUCUUCAUUUUUGAACAUAGAUUAAACAAAAUUCUUCAGAUAGAUACUUUUGCAAAACACUGGUCAAAUUUAGUUGUUUUUAAACGUGCUUUAUGAAUGCAGUUAGCCUGAAUUGACCUGAAAUGAAACAAAACACAAGGUUAUAAUGAAGUGAAAUGCUUAAAAUCAACAAAACAGGAAGUUUAUGUCAAAACCAACCACAAUGAGAGAUUCAUUAUUAGAGCACCAACAGCCAGAUAUCUUGGCUUCAUGUUGUUCAAAAACACCUUUAAAGCCUCCCAUGAAAUCAGUUACUGUGAAUGCAAUUAUUUGAAAAAGGUGGUGUUCAUUUUGUGCUGGUUUGGCUUCAUAUUUUUUUUUAGUCCAUGUGCCUCCACAAAUAUAUAGUCAGUCUGUGUGAAAUGCUGCUGUCUGUGGGUAGAAGUUUUAAAGAGAUGCCUGGUUUGAUUGGCAGGUUCCUGUUUCGCAGUGGUAACCAGGAACACCCAGGGGACAAGAUUGAGAACACCACAGUGGAAAUACUGCCUGUUUCAGUAAGGAAACACCCCCUCCACACACACAUGCACGCAUACACACACACACACACACACACACACCACCCACACCACCCACAGUCUGCCACCCUUUUGUGGUGCGAUGUGCAAAUGGUUUUGAUUAGAUGACAUUGAACGGUUGCUCUUCAGGACGUAGCAUAUUGAUUAUUGACAGGAAUGUAAGCAUGACAAAAUCGUUGCUGUGCCAGAGGCGAUACAUUCUCACACUGGUUCACACCACCAGUGCAGGCACAGCUGCUAGCAUGUGUUCACGCUCAAAUGAGAAAUCAUUAACAUUCGUAGCUCAUCUUUAACUCUGCUGUCCUCUCUUCUCUUUACCACUCGUUAGGAACCCGGACUACAGACCAAAGACAAGUACAAACGGAGUGAGGACCGCUUUUACAGGAUUGGUGAGUGGAUCUGACAGUCUCCUAGAACUUCAAGUGUGUGAGUGCAUACAAACAGUGAAGCAUCGUGAUCAGAUUACACACUCACGCUCAUGGUGCCUGCAGUGAAAGACGAUGUACAAAAGUGUGUGAAAUGUUCUCAGUCACAGCCUUUUUCACACCCAUUUUCAUCUGAAGUUGUCAGCUCUUCCUGCAGUCAUUUUCUCCUUUUGAGACUUUUGCUUUUACUAAUGAUCAGCUUUUAGAAGAAUUCAAACACAUGAAGUCUUUACUCACAUCAGUGCCCUUGUAAUUGCUCACUCAUUGGCAAGUACUCCCUGUUCACAAAUAUGAGUCAUCUUACUUCAUACAUGCUUUUGUAUGUGUGUGUUGAAUCUCACAGGUCAGUUUGUGAAAGGUGUGGCAGAGGGCACUGUGGAUCCGUCCUUCAAUCCCAUCAUUGCACUUCGACUCUCAGUUCUCAAAGACUCAGCAGUGUGGGCCAUUGUUAGUGAGGUAAGCCGAUCACGGGUCACACCAGUGAUCUCCUGUCCAAUCACCGAUUGAUACCUCUCACUCUAGCUGUCUCUACUCUUCUCUCCUCCUGCAGAUACACAUCAAGAGGAUAGCUGGCUGACUUGUCUGGACUGGGGCACAUGAGUCAUAGCCCUAGGGGGACCACUAUGUCCUGGACUGCUUAUGCGGGGCCCCUGGCACCCGGCAAACAGCAGUGACGUUAUUAGAGCCCACUAGAGUAGCUCGUCCGAGCUCGUCUGAGGAAUGCCACCUCUCUGUCCCCGCUCUUCCUAACGUUCUUUAUUUUGCUUCCCAUCCAUCGAGUCUUUAUCCGCAUCUUUCCAUCACUCUUGUGCUCUUACUUCAUUUUAGUGAGAAUGUGAAUACUACUGUCUAACACACAACAGUGAAGUGUGUGAAGACAUCUGUUCCCAGCUCCGGCUCUCGAAGAGACUGUUUUAUUCAACAGCUUUGAACACGAUCAGAUGUAACUAUGGAAUGAAUGAAGACAAAUCAUCACAUGUGGGGAGAACCAGUCACCUGGCCACUGGUGUACAUGCUGCCAAAUCCUUGUCUGUUACUCGAUGCUGCCACCUCUGGGCUAGUAGGGGCAUUGCACUGUCACUAGCGCCUCAGCUGAGCCCGUGAUGACCAAGAAUGUUGUCAUCACUAAUGGCCGGUCGCUCUCUGUUCUCCACAGAGAGGUGACGGAGCUCUUGAUCAACACCAGCCCAAACAAAACAAAUGAUUCCAUCAUUUCCUGAGUAUUUUCAGACACACUCAGACAUUCAAAUUCUCCUGAAAAUAAAAAAAAAGAAAGAAAUCUCAGGAUGAGCCAGUCAGUAACAACAUCAACGACCAAUAGGCCAGAUUCAGCGGCAACUACCCCGAUCCAUCAAGAUAAUAAAUACCAUGACACCUUAUCUAUUUCACCUCCUGUCUGACAGGCCGUCUGUGACCUCAGUGUCCAUUUCUAGUAAACCAAUCAGACAUUGCCUUGGCGUCAUUUUCCUGAAGGAAUAUAUUGUUAUAUUAUUACAGCUAUGACGAUCUAUGAAGGUGACUUAAUUUAUUUGAAAUAAAUCUUUAAUUUGUACAAGAGGUAAAAUAUAUUUUUAUUCUAUGAAGAGAUGUUUAUGGUAGUUGAGAGUCUGUUUUACUUGUUUACUUGUUUACUUUUGUGUUUUUUUUUCCUGUAUUUUUAAACAUUUUGUUUCAUUAUUUCAGCUACUUGCAAAGUUGCUUUGUCUGUUGGUAAAAGCAGCUGUGACGGUUUCUUUUCACUUGAAGGUAAAUGUUUUAACUAAAAUGAUUAAUAUUCACUGCUAUGAAGCUGAAUUGUAGGAGAGGUUUGAAGGGUUUGCUGUUGAAGAAGUUGUGAGUCAAAAUUUAAAAAUAUGUGCCUUACAUCCAGGUCUCUUGAAGAACUCUCAGAAACUCUAUUUCAAUCUGUUCCCCCUCACUUUUUCCUACACUUGGAUUGCUGGAAAUACUAACGACUUCAAAUAACACAGUCCAAUAAGUGAUUGGAUUUUAAGAACAGUAUCUAAGUUUUCAUUGGAAGAAACAGCGUGAUUUGCACUUUUUUCACUACUAUUUUGUUACCAUCACAUCCUUCACCAUUCUACAUAAAAUUUCCAUCUUACCAUAGUAGAUGCUUUUUCCGCUGAUUCCUCCAAAUCCAUACAGCGAUUGAUUCUGUCCAAUCAAAUGUCUUUUCUUUCAGUUGGACAGAAUAUCAUGACUACUGAUCACUGUAGAGUGCGCCUUUGUUGUAUGGUUUGGCUGAGGCUGUGUAGUACUUUCACUGAUUGUAAAUAUAUAAAAAGAAACAAGCAUUAUCGUAGUCUUUCCCUCACUUUUUUCUUUGUUCUUUUCUCCCUCUCUUUACGGUUUAUUGAGAUUCACUUGAUGUGUUUUCAAUUUGUGUGUGUGGCCAAUGUUUUAAGUCGAAGCUAUUCUUAAGUGAAACCUCACACAUUUUCCAUUAUAACGGUUUAUUAAAGGAGGCAGUGAAGUGCCUUUUGGUGGAAUUGAUAUGAAAACAGGACAAUUUUUUGCAUGAUCAUGUGUUGUAAAUGACAAUAUGUAUUGGUAAAUGGGGCUCCUCCACCUUAAAGCUGCAGAUAAAACUAUAGUAGCUUGAUCUCUGCCUCUUUAUCAAACUCAGAUUAGAAGAAGUAACUGACAUGAAACAUUUGUAAAAGGGGAAAGAUACAGCUAACAGGAAUGGCUUCUCCCCCUUUGCUCUGCAUCCACAUUCAAGCAGAAUGAGUGCAUGAAAACAGCAUGAUUGGUCAUGUGAUUCCCGUACUGUGUCAGCAGAAAGUGGACUGGAGACAACCCCCCCAUACAUCCAUCAGUUCAUGUGCCUUCAUCAUUUUCGUGUUUUGCCUGCCUUUGAUGUUUUUGACAUCAUUUUUCAUGGACAUAUUUGAAAUAAAUGAUAAAAUUGUAAAUAGU